AUGUACUGCAAGAUGUUAUACAACGGAUUCUACUUCCAUCGCAGCACACUCUCACGGUUCUUUACCAUUUUCCCGUUUCGCCCUCUCACUAUACUCACAGCCUACCGGUCACCGGUGCGGCACCUCACAUACUGGCAUCGACGACAUACAUCGAAGGAACGGCUACCCGUACUGUUCAUACAUGGCAUUGGAAUUGGCCUUUACCCUUACACGAACUUCCUCGGAGACCUCAACAGGAAGCUAGAGACAGGAGCUAGCAACGAUGGUGAAGUUGGUAUCAUCGCACUUGAGAUCAUGCCGGUAAGCUCUCGGAUAACUCAUCCGGCUCUGGAAAAAGAUGUGAUGCUAUGUGAGAUAAUGGAGAUCAUCCGGUAUCAUGGGUGGAGCAGAUUCGUGCUUGUGUCCCACUCUUAUGGCUCCAUUAUCGCUGCACACCUCCUAAAGUCCGAUCGGUUUACACAGUUCAUCGGACCUACGGUCUUCAUUGAUCCUAUCUCAUUCCUCCUCCAUUUGCCUGACGUGGCAUACAACUUCAUAGCCCGCCGGCCAGUGCGGGCCAAUGAAUAUCAGCUUUGGUAUUUCGCAAGUAAAGACGUGGGGGGUUGCGCAUACUUUGGCGAGGAGAUUUUCUUGGAUUGA